AUGGAGUCGUCGGGCGACACGGGACCAUUGCACUCCUCGCCGACCCCGACGUCGCCACCACAGCCCUCGGCAACGACGACGGUGGUGCUGAGUCCGUGUGCGGCGUGCAAGAUCCUCCGCCGCCGGUGCGUCGACCGGUGCGUGCUGGCGCCCUACUUCCCGCCCACCGACCCGCACAAGUUCGCCACCGCGCACCGCGUCUUCGGCGCUAGCAACAUCAUCAAGCUCCUACAGGAGCUGCCGGAGGAGCAUCGCGCGGACGCGGUGAGCAGCAUGGUGUACGAGGCGGCGGCGCGGGUGCGCGAUCCCGUCUACGGCAGCGCCGGCGCCAUCUGCCAGCUCCAAAGGCAGGUGGAUGGGCUCAAGGCGCAGCUCGCCCGUGCCCAGGCCGAGCUCGCCGCCGUGCGCGCCCACCACGCGCAGCUCCUCGCGCUACUCUGCACAGUGGAGACGAUGGCGGCCUCCAAUUCUGCCGGAGGGCAGCACGAUGGAACCUACUGCGGAGAGGUCGUCGCCGGGAGCGGCGGACGAUCGCAGAUCGCCACGGCAGCCGCACGUGGCGGUGCCGCGCCGGUGGACGCCCGUUACGUCGUCGACGGCAUCAUGGAGGCUGGCACCGUCGGCGCCUGGGCCGACGAGCCGCUCUGGACAUGA